AGCCGGUAGCUUGGAUCUUUACAUUCAAAUACACCGACUGUUUUAUGAAAGCUUGCCAAACCCGUUUGUAUGAUAUAUUGCUGGGUCUUUAAAUGCGUUUUGAUAAGAUUUGAGUUUUGUUUUUGCAUUAGCCAUAAUGUUUAAAUGCUUUCAAGUAAGGUAACAUUAUUCGGUUCCAUAUGGUCGAAGUUAGACUAUAGAGCCUUGUUAAAGGCUAUCAUAUUUUCAUUAUAUUUAAUCAAUUGGAAAUUUGAUAACUAUAAAACGAGCUGAUGGUAAAAGAGAUACAUAAGUUAGUUUUGAAUUACGUUCAUUGGUAUAUUUAACAGCGGACAUAUUGGAUCAGUUACUGUGUUUUAUAAUUCAUCGGAUUUUCGUCGGAAAUUGUAAUGUUUAGAAACAGUAUAAUAUCUGGUGUUAUGAUUUUUUGUGUGGAAAAUAUGUGACCAUGACUAUACUCAAUUUUCAGCAUUUUCUAAUUAGGAAAUGUGAAACUGUUGCCGAUAUCUCUUUGUCUUGAUAAGUUACGUAAAGCAAUACAUUGCAAUCAUCAUGAGCGGAAUUUCACUACCGCCAGUACGAGGCGCGAUACCCAAGUCGUACAGCGUGCCAAAUGGAUUCGACUCCCGACCAGGCAGUGCGAACAGUGGACGGACGUCCAGUAUGUCAACAACAGCAUUGCCACAGAUGUACUAUGACAAUUGCGUUUUCCAGACUCCAAGAAACAUCACAACAUCACGGUCGUACACCAAACUCCCGUCUCUUCGAGGACCAAGCCGGGCUAGUCAUGCGAGCGCAGAAAUCCACAGCAAGUACUCAGCAAAGUAUAGAAGCACUCCUGACCUUCGAACUAGACUGAGUGCUAACUCACCAUUUUUGCCAAAAGCAUCAAGUGAAGAGUGUCUGAAAUGCUUGCUGAAAAUACCUCACAAGAAGUGUGAAUCGCACAAGUAUAUCAGGGUAGGAGGCGGAUACAGACAUGGUUAUUGGUAUGUCAAAUGUCUUCUGGAAGAGUUAGAACUUCAGAGACAACGUGAACUUAUUGCUAAGCAAAGACUAGAAGCCAUUAAAGAAAAGUCCGUAAGGGCAAUAAAAACUUACAUUAGAACAAAGAGUGGACGCCUUGUCGAAAGGAUCAUCUUCAUGACCGAAGAGGACUAUGAGGCAUUCAAAUCUGGUAAAGGGGCUGCUGACAUUCUUAAGAAAUACCUUACAAAAGAUGAAGCCGAAGGUCUCGAAUCAUGGGAUAAAGAUGAGGUCAAGGCAAUUAAGACCUACGUACGAACAAAGAGUGGAAGACUUAUUGAGAAAGUUGUAUACGUUUCAAAAGAAGACUACGAUGCCAUUACACAGGGCAAAGUUGAUGCAAAGGAUUUAUUGAAAAAAUAUGUAAAGGAAGGUGAAACGGUUGAAGGCUGGGACGAAGCUAAAAUGAAAACAAUUAAAACAUAUGUUCGCACAAAGAGUGGAAGGCUCAUUGAAAAGACUAUUAUGAUUUCUCAAGAAGAUUAUGAUAAAAUGAUAAAAGAAGGAUUGGAUCCUAACGACAUUAUCAAAAAAUAUUUACCUCUUGAAGAGGGCCAGACAAUAGAAGGUUGGGAAAGUGAAGAACCUAUGAAAGCUAUCAAAAUGAUGGUUAGAACUAAGAGUGGUAGACUCAUUGAAAAGACUAUAAUGGUUAGAGCGGACGAAUACGAUAGACUAAUGGCAGGUGGUGGAGAUAUGAACGAAAUUCUCGGAAAGUACCUUGGUGAAGACGGUGGUACAGUUGAAGGUUGGGAGAAAGCCGAAGGUAAACCAAUGAAGGUCAUUAAGACACUAGUCAGAACAAAGAGCGGACGAUUGAUUGAAAAGACUGUGUUAUUGACAGAAGAAGAAUAUCGAGCGUUCCAGGAAGCUGGUGGAGACCCUGAAUUCUUAAAAAGGUUUAUGAAACUUGAGAAAGGGGAAGUUAUUGAAGAUUGGGAGAAGGCCUCCACAGUGUUUGACGAUGAUGAUCCUGAACUAGCAACAGCUACAGCUGGUCAAAGGAUUGUCGGCAAAGAUGGCGCUGUUUAUGAAGUUGUAGUUGAUCCACUCACAGGCAAAAAGUAUAAAAAAAAAAUUGGAGGGCCUGAAUCAGAUUUUGAUAGCGGUAUUGCUUCAAUGCAGAAAGGCAAAAAGGGUAAGAAAGGAGGAAAAGGUGGUAUUGACGAAGAGGAAACAGCUGAGCAGCGUAUGCGUAGGAAAGCUGGAAAACGUGACCCUGAUAGCGAUAGUGACUACAGUUAUAAAAGUUUUGUGAGUGCAGGCGGAACUCGUCAUGUUCAACGUCGACGUAAACGCGCUGAUGGAACUUACAGUGACCCCGAAUCCUAUCACAGUGAUAAGGAUCCGGAAGGAGCUGCCCGACGUCGUCGUCGACGUCGUGAACGUGAACAUCAAAAUAGUGCUCAUAGUUAUUAUAGUGUUGUAAGUGAGGGGGGUACAAGGCACGUGCGGCGGCGUCGUAAACGUGCAGAUGGUACUUACAGUGACAGUGAAAGUUAUCAUAGUGCCGACAGUGAUAAGCCAGGUGGUAGACUUGCGGAAAAGAAACGUAAGGAAAAGGAAGCUAAAGAAGGUAAAACAAAAAUAGGCAAAGACGGUAAAAUAAGAAAGAAGAGAGGUGGUAGUGGAAGUGAUUACAGUUACACCAGUGAAGUAAGUGAAGGUGGAACCAGACGGGUAACUAGACGAAAAAAGAUAAAAGAUGAACAUGGUAACGUCAUUGGUUAUGGAAAAGCAGAAAGCUUCGAAGAAUCUGAUGACGAAAGCGUAUACACUGAAGUUUCCGAUGGGAAGGGUGGUAAAAUGCUAGUUAAAAAACCGAAAAUGACAAGUAAGCAAAAACAAGAAGCCAAAAUAAAAGCCAAAGCAGCCGCCAAAGCUAAGGAGCAAAUUGGUAAAAUCAAAGGUGGGAAGUUUGCUGAUGUUGGUGACUUCAGCGAUUCUACAAUAUCAGAAGAUGUGGAUUUAGAAAACAUGACUGAAGAAGAAAAAGCUGCUUAUUUUAAGGCUAAGGCUGAACGUAAGGCAGCACGAGAAGCAAAAAGGCGUGAGAAAUAUGGAGACAAAUAUGAUUUGAUGAUGGAAAAACAGAAGGAGUUGAAGAAACUGAAGAAACUUCAAGAGAUGCGAGAAAAGGGAUUAAUUAGUCCGUCAAGUGACUGGUCAAUAGAUUCUGAUACAGGGGAACCUGUUAGGAAAUCUGUAAAAAAAGAAGCAAAGAAACAAAAGAUUUUACAAGAUCUCAGAGAGAAGGGGCUUAUUAGUCCUUCUAGUGACUGGACCGUUGAUAGCGAAGGGAAUCCAGUUAGAAUAAGUGAACUCGUUGCUCAGGGAAAACGGAAGAAGAAGAAGGAUGGAAAUGAUGCCGACGAUGAGAGCGAUGAAAGUGAAUACGACCCAAUUACCGGUGAGAAAAUCAAGAAGAAAGAUAAAAAGAAGACAACAAGGCCUGGGGAUGAAGGUCCUGAUGGUUAUGAAUAUACAUACGAUGAACAAGGACGAGUGAUAGGAAAGAAAAGAUUAGGAUGGGGUGACGAUAGUGGGUCGGAAUACGAGUAUGAAUAUGAUAAAGACGGCAAUGUUAGAGUUGUUAAAAAAGAGAAGGAGCCAAAGAAAUUCGGAGGUGAUGACGAAGAUGCCCAAUUUGAAGUUGGUGCUGAUGGUAAAAUACGUCUUCGCGAUGGAAAAAAGAAAAUAGAUCUUUCUAAACUAACAGACGAUGACCUGAGGAAGCUAGGUAUUGAUCCAACUUUGGACAAGAAAGAGAUUGCAAGACUGCUAAAAGAAAAGUUUGGUGCAGAUAUUUCUAUUACUGAUAAUGAUCGGAUCAUUCCAACUAAGAGGGCAAGUGAAUAUGGAAGCGAUGCUAAUACUGACGAUUUGGCCGACGACGAGGAUCUUGACAUCACUACAUUGCGUGGAAUAAAAAAGGUGAAUGUUGUUUGGAAGAGAGGUGGCAAGAAACUCCAAGAUCACAUGAAGAAAAUAUUAGAACAAAGCAAGCUCAAGGAGGAUGAUUACGCUAAAGAUCUCGACGAGAAAGAUGCAGACAUUGAUUUCCUGACGCAUUACAAGCUUGUUGAUCCAGGCCUUAUAGAAACGUACGCAAGGGCAUUUGUUGUUGAAGAUGGCGAUUUUGAUACGGUGAUAUCCUGCAAGGAAACAAAAACAGCUUUAGAAGGAGUACCAAGUGUACAGCAGAUGACACCAAAACAAUUUGAAUAUGUAUUUAAGGUUCUUAAAAUAGACGACGCCUCACAGGUGACAUUUAGAAUGUUUGCAGUCAUCUCGGCACUUUGUGAACGAGUCACAAAAAUGGAUCCUCUAAGCAAGUAUUUGUUAGAAGUGAGUGAUCUGCUGGAUAUACAAAGAAAAAUGGAUCUAUAUAGGGCAAUGUUCUAUUGCAAUGCCGAGUCAGAUAGAGAUGCCAACUUCAUUAAAUGUGAGUCGCUGAAGAUAGAGUUGAUUGCAGGUGGUUUAAACUGGAAACAGCAAAACUUUAUCAUGGACAGGCUUCAACCUAAUGCAUUUUUGGAGAUUUCGUUCCUGGAUUAUCUAUGUUAUGUGCCCUUAUUUUUGUCCAUGCACGAGAAUAUCGUGACAAAUCCACUUGACAUGGCUGAUGAUAAAUAUGACCACAUGAUGCGUAAACCAUCUGGUGGCCAUAGGCAGAGAGAUAUGAAUCCGCUUGGUAACCAUUUAAAAAGAGAUUCAGUGUUCCAACUCCGCAGCCAGGCCCAAGAUCUGCUUGAUGGGAAGAUUAAACCAGAAGAUUUAAAGGACGAGAAAAGAAAACUAUUAGAGAAAGUUGCAACGUUACCGAAACUUAUAGAAGAGAAGCCGAUAGAAAUAAAAUCAGACAGCCCUCCUCCGAUGAUUUGGUCUUGACCCUAAAUCCGAGUAGCUUUAACCCGUAUAAUUGAUAGUAAUGAUCCAAUCACAUAGCAGUCACGAUAAUACAUGUCUGUUUGUUGGACAAUUGUAGAUGAUCAGCUUCAAUAUAUGAUGCCAUAUAACUGUCUUUCAUUUGUAUCCAUAUACCCAGACAGGUGGAUUUCUUUCGGUGUCACAUCAUUUUCUGUAUUUUGACAAUAUUAAUUAUUAUUUGUUAUCCAUUGAAAACAUUUUUAAGUUUUUAUGUUUGGACAUAGGUGGAAACGUAUAGUUUGAUAAAUAUUGACAAAUCCCUCUACGUAACAUAUUUUGACAGAACUAUUGUAAUUUGGUCCGAUAUAUUCAGAAUAGAUUGUUACUCAGUUAUUUAUUAAAAUACAUGUGUAUCGUGUGAAAGUAAAAAUACAACACCAAAAUACAGCAAAAAACAAAAAUUAAACGUGUAUAAAUAGAAGCUGUAAAUAAGUGCUUUGAAUCUUUCUAUUCUUGUUUUUUGUGUAAAGACAUUUCUUUAACAAUUUUUAAACAUUGAAUAGUAAUUAUUUGUGCUAGAUAUCAUAAAUGAAUAUAAAUUUAACCGAGUAUGUGCCAACAUAAUUUUAUAUAAUAUUUUUGUAUAUAACUGCGUCUUGUUGACUUUACAUACCUUGUGUGAAUAAAGGAUAAAAAUUGUU